AUGUGCAACCCCGUCUUUGAUGAUGCAAAUUUAUAUCAGUGUCGCUCUUCGGUGCACUCUACUACACACUCGGAUCAUGCCCAACUAAGCGAUCAAUUUGAUGGCCAAUUUUUGCAGCAAGGCCAAAACACGCCGCGGACGGAUAAAGCUCGCGAUUUUGAUCACGCUCUUUUGAAACCCUCAGGCGCCUUUGAUAUACCUUUCAGCAAGGAUUCGGGACCUUUUCCAGGGCUGCUUCCCGGCAAUAACGAUGACUGGUAUUCGGCAAUGCCGCAAUUUGAGGUGCCUACCAAUCCUCUACAUCCGAUCAUUGGGUCCGCAGCAAAUACCGGUCUAUUCGGAGACCCAUCACUCGAGGCUCCUGAGGUUGACUUGAACGUUGAUCUCAGUUCUGCUCUUAAUCUGCAACCCCUCGUUGAAACCCCGCACCUCUCAUCUAGUACAGGGUUUGGGGUCAAUGCAAAUUCUGAUUUUUGCAUGGACUAUGCCCUUGGUUCUGACAAUUUUGAUGAACCGAUGUUGGAUUGUUCUGUGCUUCCCGAUUAUUUAUUAACCCACAACCGUAAUCAAUCCUUCCCGUCUCUUUCUACUCUUCCUUUCUGCUCCGAUGACUCACUAUCAACCCCGGUUCUAACUCCAUUACCACCGACAACGACGACUUCUUCUUGCCUCGCCCAGCGCCGCCCUCCUUGCAUUCUUACUGCAACUCAAAACCUCCGCUUACUCCACAUCUGCGAGACCAGUUGCCUGUCUCUUAGAAAUCCUCGCAGCCGCUGCGGAAGCCAGGAUGUCAGUGGACCUGAGCCAGCACGUAUGUCGGGCUCCGUUCUCAAAGACAACAAGGAUGCCGGCAUGUCGGUUUGCCGCAUGUUACAAUGCGGGUGUGCUCUUCGUCCCCAGAAUCAGAUCAUAUUAGCACUUAUCUGCUCUCGACUCGCGGUGUGGUAUCGAGCGAUGAUCCGCGCAUGCUUUUCCCGACGGCCUAGCAGCUGCUCCGGUGAUGGGGACUGUUUCGAUGAGCAAACAACCUCGCCAGAGAAGGUGAUCUAUCAAGCUAUCACUAUUGGAGAUCAUACCGUCGAAAACCUUUCUUUGGAACGGAAUAUCCAGGCCCAAGUGAUACUCGUGGAGCUCGGGCAUCUGCAGCGUCUGAUUAACACACUUUCAGAUCGUAUCAGGCAGACUGGUACGUCAUACCAAAUGGGGUUAGAUGCCAAUGCAGACCCCCCAUCUACUGGACUACCAGGGGUUGCACAUGACCGACUCGUGGCACAUCUAUCGAAGGAGGUUCAAGCGGCUAAGAACGAUUUGAUUACGGCUUGGACUGAACAUCAAAAACUUGAACAUGACGAUAAGAACAUUCGGCAUGAAGAUAUAAACGAUAUCUACACAAAACACACAAACACGUAUUGA